AUCGGCGAUUCGAUACUCGUACGUUGAAGACCAUAAAAGGGGUUUUUGUUCUUGAACCUUCUCAAAUCUCGACUACUCGGAACUCUAGCUGUCGCAUCUCUCUCUAUCUCCAUCCUUAUCCAUGGCGUCUGCAUUCAUUACAGUAGCAAAGCCUUUCUCUUCUUACAAAACCAACCUCUCUUCUUUCUCGAAUCAGAGAUUACCAGGUUUGCGGAAGAAUGCUUUGAGAGUUAAUGCAGUGGCCAAAAAAUGGGAGCCUACGAAGGUUGUUCCACAAUCCGAUAGGGUUCUGAUUCGUUUAGAGGAGUUGCCUGCGAAAUCAGUAGGUGGAGUGUUGCUGCCCAAAUCAGCUGUUAAAUUUGAGCGCUACCUAAUGGGAGAGAUUUUGUCUGUUGGUUCUGAUGUCAAGGAAGUGGAAGCUGGGAAAAAGGUUCUUCUCUCGGAUAUUAAUGCAUAUGAGGUGGAUUUGGGUACAGAUGCAAGGCACUGCUUUGCACGAGAGAGUGACCUAAUGGCCGUGGUCGAGUAGGCUUACUGGUAUUACUGAUUAUUAGGAAAUAGUAAGCUUCCUCCAGUUGAGAGGAUUCAUUUUUGCAAAUCUUGUACUGGAUUAACAAAGAUCAUUCUCCAGAAAUGGUUAUGUAGUUCAGAAGAACAUUGUUUUUUUUUUCACCGAGUUGAUGUAAUGCCCCUUUUAUUUUA